CUCACCAGGUUUCUGUAAGCCAAUCACAGGGCUCUCCACAGCAUACCCAGAAUUCGAUGGGACGGCACCUUCAUGUUUUUAAUUAUCAAGUUGGCGUUUAAAACCGGGCCCAGGUCUGCCGCUGGUGCCACAGUCUGUCAGAGGGGUGACUUUGGAGACAGGUUCGAGUGACAGAGGAGAACCCCACAACCAUCCUACCCACCAGCCAGUCCAUCUCUCUAGGCUGAAGCACUGGGCCCUUCCAAUAGCGCAACUCAGGACUUGGCCCUCCACUGCAGCCCUCUCCACUGGUUUUCAGCCAGGGCUCUGAAGGACUGACAAUGGCGUGCAAAUCACCUUUCAGUUUGGUUUUUGUGGGAGCACUGGUAGCAGUGGUGUUGCUUUCAGAGGUUCUGUUGGCUGGCCCAGUCUCUCCAAAGUCAAAAGCAGAUGAGUCCAUGAGUGCGAGAGCGGAGGCUGCUGCCUCAGCUCGUCGACUGGUGCGCAACAGGAGAAACAUCAGCUGGUACAAGCAGCACUCUGACUUCUGGAACUGGUACAAGUACUUCACUGACGCCGGCAACUCAGAUGCUGUUUCGGAGCUGGACCGCGUCUACUUGUCCUACCUGCAGAACAAGAACCGUGCCGAGGGCCGUCGCUCCUACAAGGCCUACCUGACGCACCUGGGAGAGAUCUACAAGUCCUGCGCUGACACGGAAGACCCCACCAAGUGCGUGGCGUCCUACACCGCCAGGCCCAAGCCUGAGCCACCCAAGCCUGCUCCUCUGAAGGUCUGUGACCCUUACAAAGACCCCUACUGCCUGUACGGCCUCUACUCCCCGUACGUGGCUCCGGUCGCAGCCAAGGCCCCGGCCCCGGCCCCGGCUCCCGCUGCGGUCAAGGGCAAGGCCCCGGCUUACAUGAGCGCCACUCCCAUCCUCGACCCACGUACCGGCUACUACUACUACACCCCGGUGAUGCAGCCCUUCCUGUCCAAUGAGCAGAAGGCCGAGCUGCUGCGCAUCUGCAACGCCGAGGACGUGGAGUGCCUGCAGUACCACCUGCGCGCCUCCUUUGGCUACCGGCCCGCCGGAGGCCCCCUGCCGUCCUACGCCCACCUGGGCUGCGAUCCCAAGAGCGACCCCGGCUGCCUGGCGCACCUGAUGAGGCUGGCCCCCUCCGGCCUGCACCUGACCUACCCGUACUGCGACCCCACCACCAACCCCUACUGCGCCUACGGCGCCGCUCUUCAGGCCGCCAAGAAAGACGACGCCCAGGCCCCCGCCUCGCUGAAGGCGCCCUGCAACCCUCUGUUCGACGACAAGUGCAACCCCCUGACCGCCUACAAGAUGGCCAGCGAGUCCCCAGACGCCCAAGACGAGCCCGCUUCAGCCGCCAUGCGUGCCGCCCCGAGGGCUGCCCCGGCCCCUGCACCCAUGCGCCAAGACCCCUACGCCAUGUUCCGUGACGCGGCAGCUGCAGCCAUGCAAAGGCGCGCCCCCGCCCCUGCGCGCGCACCCGCCCACCCCUACAGGCUCCCCGCCCCGCUCAGCCCCCCGCAGCCAGAGCCAGAGGAGGAGCGCCACCCCCUGGGGCCUCGCGGCAAGACCAAGGAGGGCUACGACUGCUUCAUCGGCUACGAUGAGGAGUGCUUCCCGCUCAAGCCCGCCCAGAGCCAGGAGCCUCGCUCCGCCCCCCACCGGCCGAUGUUCCCCUUCCCGCCAGAGGCCUACGAGCCCCACGUGAAGGCCGACGGCUCCAGGAACGGCGUGGUGGAGCCCGACCCCGACUGCGACCCCGAGUACGACGCCAACUGCAAGCUGCGCCGCUACGAUCCAGAGGCCGCCGCCGCCGCCGCCGCCGAGCAGCCCAGCGCCCCACAGGAAGAGGCCCAUCACGCCUACCCGACCAGGGAGCACCAGGAGCAGCCCGAACACCACGAUGACGCCGCCCAGCGCCGCGACGAUGCCUACCCCGAGCAGCACCCCGAGGUGCCUGGCUACAACCCGGACCAAUACGACCCUUACCAGAGCGGCCAGGAGGACCCGUACGCCGGUUACGGCUCCCAGGACCACAGCUCCCCCAACUUCCAGGACAUGCUCAGGGGCUAUGGAGACCACUUUGGCCAGGACGACCACCGCGCCUACACAGGAGACUACAAGAAGUGA